AUGUCACCAAGUCCAAAGCCAAAGUCUUUUAUUCGGCGUCUCGGCCAGAUCGAGAUGUGCGAAUCAGCGCUCCAUAGCCUUGACUACUACUGCAGUACAGUCCUCACAUGCCGCUACACACUCCCACCAUCCCUCCGCGGCUUCAAGAGUCAAGACAGAGUCUUCGGAUGCUUCGACCAAGCGAUCGCCCAAACGGUCCUUCAGUUUCCCCUACUGCAAGUUGGCCUUGUUGGUGAGAGCACCAAAAAGCCAGCUUGGGUGUCACUCCCAUCGCUUGAUCUCGCAGACCAUGUAUCUUGGGAUGUCCGACCGGAUUCGAGGGACUAUGAAAGGGCGUUUGAAGCGAAUCUGGGGUAUCAGCUCGACGCCAAGUUUGAGAGUAUUGAGACGAGGCCGGGAUGGAGAAUAUGUUUGAUGCGAACAAAGACAGACAAUUUUGUUGAUGUCAUGUAUAUCUGGAACCAUGCAAACCACGACGGUAUGGGCGCCAAGAUCUUUCACCAAACACUACUCCAAAGCCUCAACUACCCAAUUUCUUCAUCACUACUUCGAAGCGGAUCUCGAGUCAUGACGACGUCUAUAUGCAAGGAUAACUUUCCCCAACCACAGGAGAAGCUAGCCAAGCAUAACUUAAGCUUAGGUUAUGCUUGUUCAGAGAUCUGGCAUGGUCUUUGUCCUUCUUGCUUCCACUCAACAGAGUCGAAAGCUCUGUGGGCGCCUAUCCAGGCUGAUCCCUACAUCACGCGCUUCAAGACUAUUGACAUCGACGCCAUUACCUUGAAGAAGCUUCUGGGUCAGUGCCGGGAGAAUGAAACUACACUCACUGGCCUUAUUCACGGAAUCGUCCUAGCCUGUCUGUCCGUUGACAUCAACGAGGGCAACACCGAUGCCUUCCAAGUCGCAACAGCUAUGGAUCAUCGAAAGUUCUUGCGUAAAGAGCUUCGGCCGUCAAAGUACGCAUCUCUUGAUCUCGAAAAUAGCAUUCAGAACUGCACUGCCUCACUCUCCCACGUAUUCGACCACGAGAUCGUCAGCAAUAUGAGAGCCCAAGCGCGUAUUAACAACUGGCCUGCUCAACCCAUCGAAGAUCUUGAGCCCACGAUCUGGAAAGCAGCACAGCAAAUCCGCCGAGAUAUAGAAAAACGCCUCGACAGUGGUGUGAACGAUAACGUAGUGGGACUAAUGAGGGUGGUGUCUGACUGGCAUGAUUACCUCAAGUCAAUGGAGAAAAGACCUCGUGACUUAUCGUGGGAAGUUACGAAUCUUGGUGUUAUUGAUGACAAGACUGAAGAUGAUGGUUUUGCGGUGGGGAGGGCGAGGUUUUCGCUGAGUGGGAAUGUUGUUGGACCGGCGAUUCAAAUUAGUAUGGCUUCUGUGAAGGAUGGGGAUUUGUCGAUUGAGAUUUCGUGGCAGGACUUGCCGGAUAUUCAUGAUGUUGCUCAUAGGUUGGUGCAGGACUUGCGAACUUGGUUGUUGUAUCUGGGUGCUUGA